AUGAAUGCAAAUCUCGCCGCCCCUUUCACUGAAGAUGAAAUCCUUGCUGCUUCUAAACAAUUGGGAGCCCUCAAAGCCCCAGGCCCAGACAGUUUUCCAAGUAUUUUUUACCACAGAUUCUGGAGUGCAAUGAAGAAAGAAGUGAUUGGAACAGCAAAGGAUUUGUAUAUCAGCCUCUCCAACCUUCAAGAUUUAAAUCAAACCCACAUUGCUUUGAUUCCUAAGGUGGCUGCCCCUGACUAA